ACGCUUGAUGAGCCCUUCAAAGUUGUCAUAAAUGACCAGUUGGUUCUGAGAACAUGCACCUGGAAUUACCACUAAGCUUCAAAGACUUAUGCGUGGCCCCUUGGGGGUCAUGGUCCGAGUCCCGCGUAACAUUUGAGUUUCUCGGAGCCCAAUCUGCACAAUUCCUUCAUGGUUGAUCCCUACGUUGCCGCGAUGACGACCCGCUGUGUUGAUCCCCGCCGCCUUCCUUACGGCCAUGCAGGGCCAGUAAGUGGCUAUCAAACGACCUGUCAUCUGUAGCCCCAUCACCAGCACUCCCGCGGUAGCCUAGAUCCCGCGUCGGAUCUGAUUCCGGCUCGCAUAAGUUAUAUCCCAAAGUUUCGCCCGUCCCUCGCAUCAGAUUGUCCUUGGAUGAGUCUGCUGUCGACACUUUGCCAUUGUCCCCCUGAUUCGUUCAAGUACUCUUACCAGACGCUCCGUCUGCCAAGCCGUAUCAUGAAGUUCUACUCCACGUUUUGCGCUUUUGCGCUCUUAUUGAGGAGCACAAUGGCUCAAGCCGAUUUGAUGUCUUCACUCCCGGACUGCGCUGUCCAAUGUUUCGAGCAGAGUGUAUCGAGUUCGAAUUGUUCCUCUACUGACCUCCCAUGUCUCUGCGUCGAUACAGUUUUCAUGGGCGUUGCGCAAGGUUGCCAGGCUCAAAAUUGUACCGUGAAGGAGAUCCUUACAUCCACAAACGCCACUUUGGCAGCGUGCGGCGUACCACCAGGCAAUCAAUCAGCUACCGUCAUCGGUAUCCCAGCAGCUUUUGGUUCAUUCGCCAUCCUCUUGGUUUUGAUUCGCAUUUUCGGUCGCCUUUGGGUUACGAAGAUUGACUUGGACUGGGAUGACUACUUGAUAGUGGCCGCCACGGUAUUCGCCAGCGUAUUGAACUUUGUAUGCUUUCCAAUGGCCUCCCAUGGAAUGGGUAAGGACUUUUGGACGAUAUCGUUUCCAAACAUCGACAUGACUCUCAAGCUUCUCUAUAUUGCCGAAAUAUUUUACAUGGUCGCCGAAAUGUUGGUCCAAAUGUCGCUGUUGGCUUUCUAUAUCCGCGUCUUUCCAGGAGCCUCUGUCUUUGUCAGGAGAUCCUCUUGGACCCUAAUGGGUAUCGUCGGAUGCUUUGGAAUCGCAAACACCUGUGCAAUGAUCUUCCAAUGCACCCCGAUCCCAUUUUUCUGGACUGGCUGGGCCGGCGAAUCAACUGGAACAUGCAUCAACAUCAAUCUCUUCUCGUGGAUCCGCGCGGCCAUUGAGAUUGCCAUUGACGUGGCUAUCAUAUCGUUGCCUCUGCCGAGCGUCAUCAAGCUUCAAAUGAACUGGAAGAAGAAGUUUCAAGUACUUCUGAUGUUUCUUAUUGGAUUUGUAAUCACGAUUAUCAGUAUUUUACGGCUGCAAUCUCUGAUUCAAUUCUCCAAGACAUCAAACCCCACAUAUGACAACUCGCCAGCCAUCUAUUGGAGUGUGCUCGAAUGUGACAUGUUCAUCAUUUGCGCAUGCAUGCCAGCCAUUCGUUCAAUUCUCUCGAAGCUGGCACCUGAGUUCUUUGGUACGAAUCCUAAGAUGAGUUAUCCCUCUACGGAUGGAUACUACCGCCACCAAGGCUCCAAGGAGGACUCCAAACGCCAACCUUCACAUCAAAUGAGUACUCUCAGUAACUCGGGUAAGAUUGUGAGGAGCGUUAACGUGGAUGUGAGUCGCGAACAAAUGACGGCAUCUGACGAAGAACUUGUGUACCCACCAAGACAUUACUACCUGUCUGACAAUUGAAUCAAUUUGUUCAAAUGUCGGCAUUGUUUGUAAUCAGGGUCAAGUAGUAUCUUAGCCCAACAGAUACAACGAGGACUGGUUUGCUAUAUAUCGUGGCCGGAAGUUUGCAUUUAUAGGUCUCCCGGGUAAAUAUGAGGCUUUAGGUUUAUGUAUAUUGUUGGUGAUAAACGGAAAUAAAUUAUCUACAGGUCAGGUAAGGAAAUGCAUCUUUGGAAGCAAUUUAUCUAUGGACGGCAUAGAGGCGGAAGUUCACAGCUAAAUGAUUUAGCAUAUUAUUGUUGUCCCAAGUAAGAAGACGAACAAUUAGAUAUAUGACAGCAACAGUAAAUAUCACGAGGAAAUAUGUUCACUCACCACUCUUCUCUUCGUUGUUGGUCGCGGCCUACAAGUGGCACGCAACUCAUCGCUGCCUCUCUAGAUUUAAUACACGUGGG